UUACAACAAAAAAUUAAUAUGGAUAUUUUUUCAUAUGCUAUUUCUUCUUCAUCUUCCUCCUCUAAUUCUUCUUCAACAUAUCCACAACAAGAACAAAAGAAAAAUAAAAAAUUAGCCUCUUAUCAUUCCUCACUUCAUGGAGUUAGAAAACUCCCAACAAAACCAAUGACUAAACUACCAAUUGCACCUAUGCCACCAACACCUCCUAAAAUAUAUAGAGUUGAACCUAAUAAUUUCAAGGAUGUUGUCCAAAUGCUCACUUCAUCUCCCGAGUUUCAAUCUGUCUCCAAUAAUUCUACCACUAGCUCUGAUAUUGGUUCUGGCUCUGGCUCUAGUUCUUUCAACUCAAGGCGUUUACAAGAUAUUGCUCCUCCACCACUUGAUCUCUCACCGAUUUCUUUAGAAAGAAGUAAUGAUAAUAUUGUUGCACAAUGGUGCGAGUUCCUUCGUCCUUCUUUUUCCUCUAACAUUAACCAAGUAGUUGAAUCAAUUGAAACAUGCAUUGACUCAACAAAUAAUGAAGCACAAGAAAGAUCACAUGUAACGCCUCGGAUUCCAUCAGAAAAUUAUUUUGGAUCGUGUAGUCCAUUGGCUAAUUUCCCUCUAUCGCCGGCUUCUUUUGCAUGGUGUUCUUCUAUUCUUCUAAGCCCGGGUACUCUUACUUCACCAAGCGCGGUUCUUUAGUUCCCGUUGUCAUUGCCUCAACCAAGAAAAACAGGAUUUUCACUGAAGAGGAUUCAACAUCUACUAUAUAUAUACAUAAGACAAAAAUUCUAGCUCCGUCGCUAGCCUCAACUCAUUUGAGAGUUUGUAACUUAUCACAAUUCAAACACUUGAAGUUUGUUUUUUUUUUUCAUUUUCACUUUUACUUAAUUUCUACUGCAAAAUAUCAAAUAUUUGGUAUUAUUAUUCCACAA